AUGGCUUCUACUAGGUUAGACUCUGCCUCUGAUCGGAUAGAGAAGAUCUUGGCCGAUCGAAAUGGAAUUCUGCAUCAGUUGGAGGAUGAUCCAGUGCUAAUCAAUGAUGAACUUCGUGAACCUUCAAAGAUAGAUACUGACGCUAUUCUGAAGAGAGAAAUGGGACUCAGUCGUGAGUUACGUGAAUAUACAGCUUUGAAAACAGUUCCUUCUUUGGUGUUGGAGUUCAAGACUAAUCUACACUUGUUGGAGUUUGAAAACUCAUUUUAUUCCUUACAAACUUUACGUAAGAAACUUCGUGAUUUCUCUGAAAUUCUCAGUCAAAGUUAUGGAUUACAAAGGUCAGUUGCCACGUAUGUGGAUAAUAUGCAUUUGGAUUUAGUAAAUUCAUUGUACUCGAUUUUGAACGACGGCUUUUGGAAGAUCGGUAGUGAUUUUGUAUCCUUCCAAGAAAAGGUGGCAUUCGGUAAUGACAGGGUCGAUAUAGACUACGUUGAUUUUAUGGCAUCCAUGGUAAGUCUCUAUUUCCCACAAGGCCAUCUGGACCCCAAGUCGUGGAUAAUCUCUGAUAUGAUCCUAGGGACUAUGCAAGAGACAGUCAGAGCCAAGUUGGACUUCAUUUUGAAAGAGUAUGUCAAGUUGUCAGGAGUUACUAACCUAAUUAAGUCUUGCAUAUUUGCGCAAAGCAGUGAAGCCUUAUUGGAAGAUAAUAAUAAGACGCUCAAGUUCAGGCAGUCAAGUAAGAAAGGUGAUGAAAAAUUCAAAGAGACUUUAUCCUCUUUCAAGAACGUUUUACAAUUUUUAACUGAGACUGUUGUUUCACAGGAUAAGAAAAUACUAGCUGAACGACUGGGCCCGUCAAUAUCCACCGAGCUGAUGAAAAGCAUCAAGGCUAAUGCAUCGAUCAUAUUUCGCCCUGAAAAUACACAUUUGAGGGAUGAAAGUCUGGCCAUAAAUUUGAUAUUGAAAGAUCUAUCAGAAAACUCUGACAUUUGGAGUUACAACGGCUCAGAAUUGGAGAGACUGUUUAGUAAUAGCGACAUCCCUACCAAUUUACAGGUAGACAAGAUUCUCCAAGAUCAACUUACCGAAUUGAGAGCAUUUUUCGCAUCCAAGAACUGGCGUAUUCUAACAACCAUUACGGCAGCUGAGCCUACAAAAGGUUCAUCAAAAAAGACUACUGUCAGAACGAAGAGAUUUUCAUCGUCAUCUAAGAGAUCAAUAGCGGAUGAUUGGACUUGGGAAGAAGAGGCCGAAGACAAUGGAUGGGACGAGCACGUUGACUUAGAUUUGGAUGAAGCUGAUGAAGACACUAGUAGUCGCAAGUCCAAGAAGGAAACAAAUAGCGAAGCCGCAGAUGAUGCUUGGGAUGAAGCCUGGGAUGUCGACAUCGACGACGAAGAAGAACAAGAGAAGUCUUGCGGUUCCACUGAUACUGCCCCAGAACGUAAAGUUUCUCAAUUGCCCAUGAAAAUCAUUCAGCUGGUCGAUAAUUUCCGAAGACGUUGCCAUGAGAUGGAUCACGCCAAAUUAGACAAAAAUCAUUAUAGGUACAAGCAGAGCGUACUUGAAACUUUGAUAAUGGCAAUGGCAGAACGCCAUUUCAAGGAAGAUUGGUGGCAGCUGUUUUUGGACAUGAAAUAUCUCCUUCAAAAGGAUCCAUCAUUAUCACGUUUUAAAGAACUGACACACAAUUACUUGGAGCUCAAUUUGAAAUCGAGAGAAGCGAUUGUCUAUAAAUUAGUCUGUGGGCAGCUUGAUGAACUAUCAGAAAAUGAAAUGGACCCGUCCUGGGCCAUUACAAUCGAUCAAUUGAUACCGUUCAUUCAAAAUCAAAUCCUCAAACCGCUUGCACGAGUAGGCAAAAUUGACAGUGACCGUUGCCUUACAAGUUUCCUAAAGUUCCUAUACAACGACUGUAUAACGGACAACAUCCUACAGUGCAAGAUUAUCUCGGAGAGAAAUUCAGAGAAUUUGUCUGAGUUCAUUUCACUCGUGUACUCCAAGACAGAAAUCAGUGGUCUUAAUGGCCAUACUGAUUACAGAGAGAACCGAGAAAAAUUCGCCAUCAUCGGCAAGUUUCUACCGUUGCAUCUAAAGGAGAUCAUGGAGAUGUUCUAUAACGGAGAUUUUUACCUUUUCACCACCGACGAGCUGGUCCAGUGGAUUGUUCUGCUGUUUGCUGAAACGCCAUUACGCAGAAAUGCGAUUGAUGACAUAUACGAGAUCAGAAACGCUAACAUUGAUGGAUAA